UAAAUUGAAAAAAGUGAAUAUCGAAAGUUCACGACCGUUUGAAAAUGUGUAACCUUUGCACGCGCGCGACGAACCACAAGCCAGCGUAUUUGAUUGGCUUGAUCACUAGAAUUCAAGAAGACGCUCCAAAACGAGCCAACCUAUGGCCAUUUGUAGACCGUUGCGCAUGGUCGUUCGAACCGUUGAUCUCCUUUCCUUCUCGUUCCAUCGAAUCUUCAGUCGCUCGCCAGUCGCGGCCUGGGUAGUGUUUGUUUGUGACGCAAUUGCCAGUGAUUGUUAUGAUCGUAUGAUUUCGGCAAUUUGAACUACCUUGAAUGUUCGCUCAGUAUUGAGAGUCUAAAAUUCAUAACCGCAUGGCAGGUGUCGUGCCGAUGUCAGGAAGAUCAGGCAGAAAGCAGUGGACCCUUCACGAUGGUCCCCGAGGAUCUCUUCGGAGGCUUCGCUCUCAAUUGGCUGAAGAUGGAUGUCCCGAAUCUCAGGUUGUUCUGGCUAAGCAACUUUUGGACGAGCGCUGCGAACUGGAAGUUGACAAGGAAGAGAACGCGAAGCUAGGCGUUUAUUGGCUCACCAAGGCCUCGGAGCAAGGAAACUUGGAGGCCACAGAUAUUCUGAGAAAAUGUCUGACUACGGGGCGAGGAAUCACCGAACACAACUAUUACGACGUCAAGAGUUGCCUGGAUAUGUCGCAGGAUGAAAAACUAGCUCGACGAGCAGCUAGAGAAAUGUUCACAAGUCUGUCGAAUGGCGAAGAAUUCAUUACAACCGAGCAGCUACAAAGGCGAAUGCGCGACCUAGCUUUCCCAACUUCAAGUAGACCCAGCGGUUCUAGGUCUGAUGAAUCGACACGGAAUCACGGACAAAAGUCACUAAGCGACAGCACCGGCGAUAGUUCUCCUAGGGACGAAUUUUCCGACGAUCCUUCACUCAUGGGAGACGAAGAGAGGUCUUCCGAAUCGUUACCAGAUUGGUCCGAGCAUCAAGGCGAGAAGAUAACCGAAGCAGCGUUGGUCUCCGCUGCUGCCAGCUAUGCUCGUGGAUCCCUUCCUAUAGUCUCCCAAGUGUUGUGUCUGGCCGAACCUUCACAGUUAGCUCUAGACACGAUUCCCCUAUUGCAAAGACCGUUGCUCCAUCCCCUCGCUUCGCUAAAAAGGCUUUACAUAUGGCUCGUUCAGCUCCUCGGGCGAAGGGGAACUCCAAUCUUUAAGAGAGUAUUCUUCACUUCUAAUAUGCACACUCUGCUCCUCCUUCUGCUCUAUUCUUUAUUCGGUACGGAAAGCCUGAUACUUUUCAUUCCCAUGACUCUUUACUACCUCUCCUUCGUGGUCAUGGUGGUCGCUACGUUCCAAAUGCUGCAACAAAAGCGAGAGCUGACAGACUUUCGAAUCUGGUCCGGUUUGUUCCUCAGUUAUUCCGGAGGUAACCUUAAUCCGGAGGAAGCCGAGUACCAGUUCUGUCGUAACAACCUGAAGCCCUUUGGUCAUUUUUUCCUCGCUCUGUUAACGAAUCUGAUGAUCUACCCAAUAAUUGCCCAACAAUGGACGCCGCAGUCGGAAUUCACUAUCAUAGCAUUCGCACUGACUCUGACAACGUUGUUGAAUUUCAUGUGGAAGGAUUCUUCCAGAUUUCCAGACUUCCUCGCCCUGUUCAGUUUCGGCGUGCACGUCCUCGCUAAAUAUCCCUACGAAACCGACAUGGUAGUGACCCAGAGUUGGCGAUUCAUCGACGUUCGGGUUCCCACGUUCGCCUCUUACGUCGUGGGUAACGGCAUCGAAUUUUGUCUCAACUGUCGAGCCGUAUUUUACCUCCUAAUACCUGCCGUCUUUGCGAAAAUGGCAGCUAGGGACGGCUGGCGAGGUACUUAUAAAACGCUGAUUCCUCAUUGCGUAACGCUGAGCUGGUGGCAAAUCGCUAUCCUCAGUUCCCAGGGUGCUACUUGGUACGGUUUGAUCAGAGGUGCUCUGGCUAUAGUCGGUAUGGUGCUAUUCCUUCCCAUUGCCGGCGUCGCUUCCAUCGCUCUGCCGAUCGUUGCAGCCGCAAAAUAUUUGCCGGAAACCGAUUUCCUCCUGCGAGCAGCCAUCACCGCCGUCCUGGGGGUGACGCCGUUUCUGAUAUCGUGGUACGUCAAGAAAACAAGAAGCCAGCGGUACAACGGGGUCAUCACCUUCGCACAGAUUGCGCUGGGGACGGUGGCCGGGCUCUGGCUCGGAUGGUCGAUGAUCACCAACAACAAAAGAGAGCUGGAAGCAACUUCUUACCAAACAGCCCCCGCAUUGUCUUGGGAACAGUAUCAGAAUUAUUGUCAUCAACCAGCGUGGGAGGAAUCGUCGUCGUUGGCGCAAGUGCAAGUGCAAUGCGCCGAUCUGGAAGGAAUCUCGGUAUCGUGGGAGGGGUAUGUCACCAAAGUAAGAGUAAAAUCUGUGAGAAACAAUCUCGCGAAAAUAUUAAACAAACUCCCUGACGCGGUCAGAAUACCAUUGACUUGUUCUUACGGCGAAGCGUACGAAGACGAUUGCACGGUCGGCGACGAUCUGAAAAAAAAGAAUUGCAAGAAUUUGUUGGACGUUCAGAAAAGACGGAACAAAUGUCACUUGGCCUCAUGGAACAGAUACGAGUUUGAAAUAUUCGUUAAAAUGAAAAGUGGGAUAUGGGGCAGCAACGGAGAGCUGAUUCUGAUGGCCGAUCAUUCGUUCGUUAAUUUUAGUCUUAAUAUUUACUCGGGAGACAAGAUAUGGUUCACUGGUAUUCUAACCAAUUCAGAAUUGGAGGGUGAAUCUUUGCUAGGUGGUACGCAACCUCAUCUACAGUUGGAAGAGGUAGGGUGCCACGUCUGCCACGCUACACGACUAAAGUCGUUCAAACGCUACAAAUAUCAGCUAACUUUUACCUCCGUUAUGAGUGACGUUUACCUGGGAGCUAAAACUGUGCUUAACUUCCUACUGAAUCCUUUGGUAAUUUUCAAGUAGGAUUUCAAAAAACGAUCCUGGAUGACCUCGCUCUAGUCUCUGCCUAAGGUAUCGAAGCCGUUUGAAUCGACUUUUAAUUAACGGUCGGUCUAUGCGUAGAGUAAUUCAGUUAAGUACAAGGCAAGAGUUGUAGAGCCGCAAAAAUUGCUUUCCAUAUUUGGAAAGGAACUUUUUGCAGUUUCCAUUCCUCGCUGGACCAAAAAAUAACUUGACGUGACGAAUUAUUAAUGGAGUGAAGACUUGAAAGUUCGAACCUAUUUCCUGGAUGAAUUUGUCAGGGUUAUUUGAAACUAUUUUCUUUGUAUGCGAAUCUUCACCUUUGUGAAGUGUUCGGUCUUACUGGAUUUGACGCGUAGUGGGAAGAUAUCGUGUACAAAAUUUUUGAAAUGUUAGUUUUGAACUUUGAUGCUUCUGCAAGUGUCGUGAGAAAAAGAAAAAGAAAAAAAAAGAAAUGUAUUUAUGAAACAGAUAUAUUGUGUAUAAAACUAUAUAAAUAUAUUAGUACGUUACCAUGACCUCAGAUCUAGUGUAGGUAUUUAGAUUUCAUUGAUAUUUAUCAAUUGUUGUUAGGAACACGUAUUUUGAAAACCUAAAAAAGAAAAGACCUAAUGAGUAUAUAUAUGUAUAUUUUAGAAUCAACGUAUUUUCCUAAAGUUACGAUCAGAAAGACAACCAAAAAAAAGAAAGAUCAACAUUUAUCAUUAUAUUUUUAUAUUAUGUUUCAAUAUCACAACUAUUAUCAUUCAUUUUAUCUUCUCAGCCCAAUAAGACUUUCAGUAUUGUUAACUUCUUGGCUCAUUACGUCAGAAUUGACUGCGACAGAUUUUGACUCCAAUGUACUGAUGAAAACAGCAUAAGGUUAGCCUAAAAAAUUAUUUAUAACCACAAACGAUCUUCAGUGGGAUGUCCUUUGGCAUAAGUUCCUCACUAUCUUUGGUUUGUUCCAAACAAAGCAGAAUAUGGUUAUUAUAUUAUAUCGAUGUUGAAUGUUUAGAGGGUUUGCAGAAUAGUUUACUGCGAGGAUAUCUGAGUUACGGUUUGAAGUUGUUAUUGCUUUAAAACGUGAUCGAUGCCGUUCGCAGUUCUGUAGAAAGACAAUAACGACCAAUAUUGAGGAGAGAGUAUUUCAAAUGAAAUGAGUAAUAGACGUGCCUUGAUGUAUUUAGUUUGGAUGAAAGUAGCUUUGGCACAGCUACGAUUUUGAGUGGUGUUUAUUUAUUAAUGCAGCUAUAUUGAAAUUAAUACUGUGCCAACAUAUCCGUUUUCAAUGUAUACUUUUAUUUCGAAUCUCACAUAAAAUGGUUAUAAAGGAAA